GUCAACAGACAAGUUUUUGCAUGUAUGGAACAGGACAAAGCUGCUGAGGUCACAUGAUCACGGAAUGGACACUGGUCGAGAGCUUGGGUAUGAGUCAGUUUAGCCACCUACUUGUGUGCUAUAAACAUCCCUUGAGCUUUUGUUGCACAUCUUGUGAAUUUUUUUUUUAUUUUGCAGUUUUAAUGCAGUUUUUUUUUUUUGAGAUAAGCCAUCAUGAGUCCAAAGAAGGAUAAAGAGAUGAAAGUAAAAAGAAAAGUUGUAAAAAGCACUGUUGAGUUCAAAAAAGAAGUCAUUAGAAAAUAUGAAGAAGAUAGACUCCGUGUGGUUGAUAUAGCAAAGCUUUUUGGUAAAUCAAAGUCUACCAUUAGCACGAUAUUGGGCCAAAGGGAAAAAAUUAAAGCAGCUGACCUUGCAAAAGGUGCAAAAGUGAUAUCAAAGCAAAGGCCACAAAUUAUUGAGGAGGUUGAAAAACUCUUGUUGAUUUGGAUAAAUGAAAAACAGUUACAAGGUGAUAGUGUUUCAGAGGCCAUUAUUUGUAAAAAAGCUAGGCAGUUGCAUGAUGACCUGAAAACAAGAAACAGAACAAGUGCUGAAACUCAGUCCUUCAAGGCUAGUAGAGGUUGGUUUGAGAAUUUUAAGAAAAGGAGUGGCAUUCAUAGUGUGGCUAGGCAUGGGGAGGCUGCCAGUGCUGACAAAGUGGCUGUUGAAAGGUAUGUAACUGAAUUCCAAGAGUAUGUAGAGGCUGAGGGGUUUGUCCCCCAACAAGUGUUUAAUUGUGACGAGACAGGCCUCUUCUGGAAGAAAAUGCCCAAGAAGACCUACAUAACUGCAGAAGAAAAGUCAGUGGCAGGACACACGCCAAUGAAAGACAGGCUCACCCUGUUAUUGUGUGGUAAUGCAAGUGGAGACUUGAAACUGAAGCCCUUGCUUGUUUAUCAUUCUGAAAAUCCACAAGUUUUUAAGAACAACAAUGUUAUGAAAAAUAAAUUAGCUGUAAUGUGGAGGGCCAACACGAAAGCUUGGGUAACAAGACAAUUUUUUAUUGAGUGGGUUCAUGAGGUCUUUGUUCCCACUGUCAAAAAGUACCUCAUUACAAAACAAUUGCCACUCAGGGCCCUUUUACUUAUGGAUAAUGCUCCUGCUCACCCUCCAAACUUGGAAAAUGAAUUGCUGGAGUUCAGUUUUAUAACUGUGAAGUUCUUGCCACCUAACACCACUCCUCUCAUCCAGCCCAUGGACCAGCAAGUCAUUUCUAAAUUCAAGAAACUCUACACCAAAGCACUCUUUGAAAGGUGCAUUGAAGUCACUUCAACAACAAAUUUAACCCUCAGUGAGUUCUGGAAGGACCAUUUCAAUAUUCUCACCUGCUUGAGGCUUAUAGACAAAGCCUGGCAGAAUGUGUCUUCCAGGACCAUGCAGUUAGCAUGGAAGAAAUUGUGGCCUGACUUUGUGGCAGCCAGGGAUUCUGAAGGCUUUGAGGAAGAGCCCGAGUCAGUAGAGGAUAUUGUAUCCCUGGGGAAGAUCUUGGGCCUAGAGGUGACUGAAGAUGAUGUGGAGGAGUUGGUGGAGGAGCAUAGAACUGAACUCACCACAGAAGAACUUCUAGACCUUCAGAAGGAGGAGCAGCAGAUUGCAGUGGAGGAGCUGUCAUCAUCCUCCCUCCAUUCCUCCACCUACUGCUUCCAGCAUGCCAUUAGCUCUCCUCUGACAGAGAGUUGCCAAGUGUUUCAACUCAGCAGCAGCAGCAUAGUGUUGAGUCGAGUGAUGGGGAAGUUUUACACAGCGGCAGCCUCCGUGAUAUCCAUCCACAACCAGAAACUUGACCUGUUUAAUUCGCAUUCUGGUUCUGAGAUGUUGACCAUGUCUCAGGACAAGAGGAAAGACCAUCUGAAGAUGCUCAUUGCUAGGCAACAAGAAAAAAUAAGACAAAAGCUCCCAGGUACACCUGCCGCCAUGACUGUCUUAGCCAACACUUCUGCUAACACCAGCCCUGUAAUUGAAGUACUUGACAACAAGACAUUUUACACGUGUGAAAAUGAAGCUACAUUUUUGGAAGACACUGACACCCUUGAAGACGACGGGGAUCAGGACAUUGUGUCUCAAACACUGAAGAAAAGGAAAGAUCUUGCAAAACUCUUUUCCUCGUCUGGAUUACUAACGAAAAGAAGACGGAUGUUACCAGCAAAAAUAUACAAAAAUAAUGCAUUAUCUGCUGAUGCCACAAGUAACGUGGCCCAGCAAGCAACAUAUCCAUUGGGAAUUACAGACGAGUCUGCAGAAAACGAUUCGCUAGUCAUGACGAUGUACUCUAACUUGUUGCAAAUAGCUAAAGAUAAUUGUUAUAACUGUGGUUCAGAAGAGAUGAUUCCUGAUUUUGUAACUCGUGGUCAAGAACUAUUUGUAACUGUGUCUUGCAAUAAAUGUAACAUUGUGACUAAUGCUGCAACUCAUAAACUCGGUGAAAUAAAUAGACAGACAUGUUUGAAUAUUUAUGCUGAACUUUUGAAUGGUGGCGGCUACCAAAAUUUUGUGAAAUAUAAUGAUUUAAGGGAGAACCUUGAUCUAAAUACAUUUAGAAAGUUUACACGAUUCAUUACUGAGAGAGCCGUUGCAGAGUGUAAGAAAAUAUUGCAAGAAAGUCGUGACAGUGUGUUUGCUGAGUAUGCAAAGAAUGGAAUACUACCAGACAAUAACGGAGUACUUGAUGUUAAUGUGUCGUUUAACGUUACCUGGCAGAGUCGUGACUUUUACACAAAGAUGGGGUUAUGUGUAGUAACUGAAGCAGAUACUGGCCUCGUUCUUGACUAUCAAACAUUGACAAAGUAUUGCAACCGUUGUUCAAACCUACAUACCUUGUACAACGAUAAGAAAAUAACCACAGAGCAUUUUUUGUUACAACGUGCAAAGCAUGAACCAGUUUGUAAGAUUUUUGAUGCUAGUAGUUCAAGUGAUAUGGAAGCUAGAGCAGCUGAGGCGAUAUGGGGACGAUCAUUAACUUAUAACAUGCGAUACUUGAAUCUCAUUAGUGAAGGUGAUGUUACUCCAUAUACAGUACUUAACAAUAUGAACAAUGGUCUAGGUCCUUAUUUUGGUCCUAAAGUGAAUGAAGUGGAGUGGGUGGACCACUAUGCGAAAAGACUGAAAAGCCGUCUAAUAAAAUUGAUUGAAGAAAAUCAUGUUGUCAGGGAAAUAAAUGGGAAGAAAACUAAAAUGUUUUUAAUGAAAGGAAAGGGAAAACUCUCAGAUGAUGUUGUUGAUAAAUUAGUUUAUUAUUUUGGUCGAGCAAUAAAGGAGUCCAUUGGAACGAGCAUAGAAACAAUGAGAAAUGCCAUCUUAGCAAGGUAUUUCCAUUGCACAUCAUCAGAUGCAGAGCCAAAUCAUAAUUUAUGUCCUACUUCCAAAUCAUCUUGGUGCUUCUACAAUAAAGCCAUUGCCAAAAAUGUGGAAAUACCCUCGCACAGCACUAUGAAAGUUGUAGUCCAUUUAAAGCCAGCCCACCAUGAACAAGUGUUAAGAGUUUACAAGGACUUGACCGAGGAUGAUAUGAUGCAACGUUGCUUAGACGGACUAACCAAACGUCCCAAUGAAAAUUUCCACCAGAGAGUAUGGACUUAUUGUCCAAAGGGGCAGUACAGAAACAAGAGGAGUCUAGAUUUAGCAGUUGCACAGGCAACAGCAGAAUAUACAUGUGGAUAUCGUGGAGGCAGCCUUGACACUGCUUCUGGGUUUCAACGCAAUGCUCAUACACACCUGUUCCUGAAAAAACAGGACAAUAAUGUGAAGGACUGGCAAAGGAUAAUGUUGGUCUGUGACCGCUGUGAAAUGAGGUAUGUUGAUGAGACUUGCUGUGCUGUCAUGUGUUCAUUGUGUGUUAAGGAGGAAGGAAUCCGAUCAUCUCAUCUAGAUAAUAAAUGUCGAUCAUGUGGAUUAAUCUAUUGUCUAGAUGGAGAGUCUGUGUGUCCAGGAUGCUCUUUCAUUCCUUAUGGAGAGUUUGUGUGCUACAAAUGUGAUCUGGUGACAGACAAUCUCUUGUUACACGAGUGUAAACUUGGUGAAGAGAAGCAAGAAGAAAAUUUACUGUAUGAUUCAAAAAUUUCAAGUCCAGUUAAACUGCUAGAUGAAAAUACAGCUAUGGAGGACUCGGCUCCAACUCUAAGUGUUUGGACUGGCUUACAGUGUAAUAACAGCAAUAAAGGUGAUGAUGAAAGCCUAAAAGUAAAGGACAAAGCAAAUGAUUAUCCUGGUAUUUCUUGUCCCACUAAAUUGGAAAUUGAAUUCACGAAAGAAUUCUGCGAAGAAGAAAUGGUACAUGAAGAUGCGAGUUUGGAACAUCGGAUUGUUUCUCCAAACUUUCAGAGAGAUAAGGAAGGAAAGUUGCCCAAAAGUGGUGAAGAGAGGCAAGAAAGUGUAUCACAUAGCUUGGGAAUUUUGAAUCCAGUGGAGCUGCAUGCUGAAAACACAGCUAAGCACGACUCGACUCGAGUUACUACUGUUUGGACAGGCUUACAGUGCAAUAGUAGAACUAAUAUCAGUGAAGGUGAAAACCUGAAAGUAAAAGAGGAAGUAGAUGAUUAUUCUAAUCUUUCUCAUUUUGAUGUAGAAAAUGAAGUCACAAAAGAAGAGUUCUACGAUGAAGAAAAUACAAGAAAUUUAAAUGCAAACUUGAAUGUUCCGGGACAGCCUGUUUUUCUCAGCUCUCGUGAAGUUAAUGAAAAGUCCUCAAAACAAGAGCUUACAUGUAGAAUAAGCAGGGAUGGGAGGCUCGCCAGCAAUUUCAAACAUCAGCCACAGGUAAUGGCAUAACCUGAUUCUGGCAGUCAGUGUUAUACAAUCUAGUAGACAUAUGUUGUCCUUACACACAACUUUCUAACUAAAACAAAUCAUAAUAUAUGAUACUGGUGCUUUCAGAUAUCAGAUAUAUGUUUUCUCAUCUUCCAGGGCUGAUAGCUUUCAGUAAGAUACAUUUCACACUGGAUAGGGGAUGCUCUGUUGUUCCACCUCUGGACAUUUACAAACAGACCUAAUUUCUUUAUCAGUAUUGUCAUUAUAUCUGAUUCCUGUGUGGGAAGGUAUCCAGGCAGACAUAUGCAUAAGCCUUUGUCCUGAGGGUUCUUCAGGUCAUUUUUAACCCUUUCACUGUUCGUGCCGUAGUACUAUGGCUUACGAGCCAGUGUUGGUGCCGUAGUACUACGCCAAAAUUCUAGCGGCUUCAGAUCUAGUGGGAGAAAGCUGGUAGGCCUACAUGUGGGAGAAUGGGUCAGUGUGCGCAGUAUAAAAAAUAUUGGGGAGCCAGUGGUGCAUUGUGAGAACACCAUUUCAGUAGUCCUUGUUCAGCAUGCCUAGCAGUAAGAAAUACCUUGCUUCCUGGCGAGUCUGGGACUCUUUCCAAGUGAUGGCUGUAACACAGAUGGAAGUGUCAGUGAAGAUGAAUUUCAUGGCUGUGAGGUUUGUGACUGAAAGCAAUGCCCAGGAUACAAGAAGGAAGGAAGAGAUGAGAGGAAGUAAGGUAGGAAGGAAGGAAAGGAAGACGACCCAGACAACCAUCAACCUAGGAUAACCCAAAAAAGUCAGUGAGACUUACUUCCAUGUGGGUGGUGGGGAAGACAACGUGCUUGUUGGGGAAGGCAGUGUAGGUAAUGGGUGAUGGUAAUGCAUCAUUGUCACACCAGCCAUGCCACUGUCAGUACAUCCACAAAGAAAAAACCCACACACAACAACAUUCCAGAAGCUGUAGCAGUUCUGUGAACAUGUCUAGUGACUGUGUGUAUAUAUAUUAUAGAACAGUAAUAAUAAACAACUUUUUUUUAUUGUCGGUUUGUGUAAACAGGUUUUGUAAACAUUGUAAUGAUAAUAUUUGUGCAGUUAUUGUGUUGCAUACAGUGAGUGGAUAUACAUACAUUAUGCACUAUAUUGGUCUCAUAGGCCACAAAAGUUGCUUGAAAAAAUAAAAUACAGUGGACCCCCGCUUUACGAUCACCUCCCAAUGCGACCAAUUAUGUAAGUGUAUUUAUGUAAGUGCGUUUGUACGUGUAUGUUUGGGGGUCUGAAAUAGACUAAUCUAAAUCACAAUAUUCCUUAGGGGAACAAAUUCGUUCAGUACUGGCACCUGAACAUACUUCUGGAAUGAAAUAAUAUCGUAAACCGGGGUCCACUGUAUUAAAAAAUAAAAAAAGUAAAAAAAAAAAGUAAAAAUAUUACUGAGUGAGUGGCAGUCAGCGAUGUUGCCAUAACUGGUUCACUUUGUCAACUUCACGCCUCUGUAUCUUGGUAAGUAAUAAUUGCAAAAAAAAAAAUUUUUUUUCUUUAAAACACUUACAAAAAUAUUCUUAAGAUUUUGGUAAGAAAAAAUAAUUUUUCGAAUAUUUUUCGACAUAGAACGAGACUUUAGAAUCAGGGGUCCCGACAGUCAAAAGGUUAAUGUAUGAUGUAUAACAAAAAGGCACAAUACUGCGACUGGAACAAUACAUAGGAGAGAGAAGCUUACGACGACAUUUCAGUCUGGCUUGGACCAUUUACAAAGUCACAGUAACAGAAAGGAGAGAAGAGGGCGGUAUGUAUAGGCCAGCAGACAGGGACGGGACAAGAGAGUAGUAGGAAAGGAAGUAGAGGCAGUGGAGUCAAAAACCAAGAAAGAGGAGCAUUGCUGGAGAGCUAGGGACCCACAAAAGAUAGAAACAAAAACACUACCUACUACCCCCUUCUCUCUUUUCUGUUAAUGUGACUGUAAAUGGACCAAGUUGGAUUGAAAUGCCGUAAGCUCCCCCUCUCCUGUGUGCGGUUUAUUUGUAUGAGGUUUAUUAUGAUGUUUCUGGUGUCCAUUUUGUAAGUAAGAUUCUAAAGUGCUUGAAGAGCAGACUUGGAGUCUGAAGCUCAACAUUAUAAACUCAGGAUAAUAAUUAGUAAGGUGCUAAACUCAUAUGGGUCAUUCAGGGCAAGACGUGGUAGAGGCUCGAUUCUGUCUGCUGAGUGCCCGACAGACGUGCUUCCUAUUUGUACUUGUCUAGGUUCCAGACAACAUUUCCCCCCCCCCUCACUGUUUAAAAGCUGAAAUUUAUUCAUUAUACAACACACCCCACCUGUGUAUUACAGGACACCUCAACCCAGAUCUCAGACUCCUCCUCGAGAGUUGCAAUAGAACAGUCACAAUACAAGAAAUAAAAAAAAAUUUCUUUAACGAACUGACCACAUCCCACUGAAACAAUAGUUUCUCUUUUUAAAUUUAGUAAUGGAUGCAGGAGAAGGGGUUACUAGCCUCUUGCUCCCAGCAGUUGUCCCCCGUUACAUCACUCAUGGCUUACAGAGAUGAAUUGUUUUCCACUUCCCCAUAGAGAGAGAGCAAGAAAUAAGUAUCUUAGAGAUACCACAUGUUCAACUCAGUCCAUCUAGGAACUCCAUGCAAAUAAAGGGCCCUAAAAUGUGGAAAACACUUCCAGAAGAUGUAAAAAAGUUUUCACUCUGCCAGCUAGUUCAAUAAUACAGUAGGACUCCUGUAUCCACGGAUUUGGUGUCGACAGUUUAUGGUAUGAAACGUUUUACUGUGGCCCAAAAAUAACCCUUAAGUUUAAUUAAUAAUGGCCCCAAAGCUCAAAAGUAGUGAUGGUGGCAGUUGUUCAGGGUUUAAGAGAAGAUGUGAAAUGCUUCUCAUCAGUGAAGAAGUGCUAAUUCUAGACCUAUUUUGCAUAAUUUAUCAAUUAAACUUCAUCAUAGGUGUGCAUAUAAACCAAAAAUAAUACAUAGGGUUCUGUACUAUCCACAGUUUCAGGUGUCCAUGGUAGCUCUAAGAACGUUUCCCCCUGCAGAUACGAGGGGACUACUGUGUUGUUAAACCCAGCUUAGAUUAAUAGUGCUAAUGUCCAAUCUUUCAACAGUAACCAUGUUGAUCCAUAUCAUAUUAGCAUUCAACCUGAUGUUCUCACUAUUACCAGUGUGCUUCACUAAAUGUAAUAAAAAAUGUCUUCUAAUUUGUUACAUAAAUUCUCAGAACAUCAUAAAACAUUAACCAGAUGGUUAUAUAAAAUAUCAAUGACUACAACUCAUAACAUUCUAGCAAACUAACCUAAUAAUUGUUGAACAGUUAUAAGUAAACCUUAUAACUGCUUCAGUUUUUUCAAAGAAUAAAAUAAGAAUAAAAAUCAGAUAACUUAUUUCAUGUGUUGAUAUUGGCAAAUAAUAAUGACUCCUUAGCAGCAUCAGUGUAAAUGCAUAGAUGUACAUAUUUACACUAAGUUAUGUCUAACACUGUGUGCACUAUUAUAAGUGUUUCAAGGUGUUUUCAUACUCAAAAUGCCAUAUGUAAUAAAAAUGCCCUCUUCCAUUGCAAUAAGUCGAUCCUCAAUUGCAGUUUUUUUUUUUAUGGCAAAGCGACCAUUUCCCACCGAGGCACGGUGACCCCAGAAAAAGAAGAAACACUUUUUACUUUUAUUAAUUCCCAACUGUAAUAGAAUUUCACAUGACAGCAAUUUUUGCUUGACAACGGUACCUCAGAACCUGACCUGUAUAAGCAGGACCCUCCUGUAUAAGGGAAUUUUUUAUUACAAUUGUUUGUGAAGUGUUCCUUUACAAAGAUUUUUUUUCAAUAUUUCCGGCUGUUUGAUUAAGAGCUCUUCCUUAUUGAAAGAUUAUAUCUGAGCAAGAUUGCUCUUUUAGCCCUUAAACUGCCCAAACGUGGAU